AUGCUAGAGAUCAAAAGAGGGCGCUUAUUCAAGUGGCCGGGUGUUUCCUGUACGUUGCGGCACAGUUUUGGUCGCGAUGAUCCGCGCUUUGCGAUACCAGCGGGUCUGCUAGCCAGCACAGCUUUCACAAAAUAUCCCGACGUGACAGUGGCGCUGUAUGUUAUGUGGAAAGCACUACAGAUCUGCUACAAUUUGGGCAUCAAAGAAGGGGUUUUGCCCCACGUAUCGAAUUUUACGAUAUUCUUAUACGCAUUCUGUACGGCUAUAGAGUUUCAUGCAGGCAUUCUUGAGCCAAAAACGGUACGACCGAGCUACAUCAAAUUUCUCCAAGGGAUGUCAGGAGAUAGAUUUAAUCGAUUUAACUUGGAACCCUUCAGCAUCUAUGGUCAAAAUGCCAGCGAACAAAUGCGAGAAGUUUCCAGAAAACUGAAUAUUAUCAACCAAGCACCGUUGCCUAAAUGUUCACUUGCCUCGUGGAAAUAAUAGUAGCAUACAUACAUACAUACAUAUAGGGAUGCAAUAUCUAUAAUUACAUAUACAAUGUAUAGAGAAAAGCAGACUUAGAAAGGGUUUAGAGAGCGAUAAUGAAGAAGGCAAAGCCUUUCGCUAAAGUAGCGAUUUAGAAUGAGAAGAAAUGGAAAUGAAAUACAAUUGUGUGAUUCACAACGAGUCAUUACAGUCAUAAAUUUUAUAACGUUAAAAACGAUGCUGCAGUUGUUAUGAAUCACUCAAAAAUAAGUUUAACGUUUAUAAAGUUUAUGAAAAUAUCACUAAUUACGACACCUUGCGAAUCACCAAAAUAAUUAGUUAGACAUCGUCGUAGUAAGGCAACGAAGCAGAAGAGCAAGAAAAAUAAUGUAAUAAGUGUAAAGACAUUCCUUAAUGAAAAGCGUAAUCGAGCAGAGAAUCAGCUAGGGUUUCAUAAAUGUAUUAUGAAUAAAAUCAAUUUUUUUUAUACUACAUACUAUGUGCAUAUGUGCAAGUGUUUCUUAGCGUUUUUUAUUUUUGUUUUAUUAUUUUUUACUUGAUUUUGUUUGGAUGACUUAUUAAAGAUUAAGUGAAAAUCCUAGUAUUUGUACAUAAAUAUAUAUUACGAAAACUUUAAUUCUAAAAUUUGGGGUGAUUUGUUUUUAGACGCAGGUCUUUCAAACUGCGGUGUAUUGAUUUUUUGGUAGACUUUUAUAUUUUCCCUUUGUAUGGUUAAAAAAAGAAAGAUGUGGUGGAAUUCUUUCUUAUAUAUAUUCUUUCAUUAAUAAUAAUAACUAUUCUUUAUUUACCCGGUAUUUUUUAUUCUUGCUUAAAAAAAAUUAGGAAUAGUCGUUGCCUAUGAUUUAGGUAUAUAAAAUAAAAUAAACACAUACACAUACAUAUAUGGAUAUGCAUAUUUAUAAAACUAAGGUUAAGACAUAAACUAGCUAAUAGCUACGAUAAAAAAGAUUUUACAAAAUUUAAUAAAUAAAAAUAUACAUUACUUUAAAAUUUCUGUGACCGUCACAAAAUAA